AUGACAUUCUGUGAGACACUGGAAAUCCUCACCGGCCUGGCCGGCGUGGUGCUUAUCCUCAUGGCUCCUGUGUAUUCCAUCAAUUGGAUGAUUACCAAAGAAGAAGAACGCAGUAAUAAGCAUAAUCAAGAAUUUCGCGCAUAUUUAGAAAGAAGCGAGAUAAGGUCUCAGCAGAGACUGCAAAUCUCGCGACUUUCAGAUUUGGAUGACCAAGAACUUGAGGCCAUCGCCACGGCUGCGGCUAGAGAGCUCAGGAACCGACGGUUGCAGAAAGAGGAAGUGGUCGAAGCCGGCAGACCAAGCGGCCAACGCGGGCAACUUGUCCUGGGCUGCCGUGAAUAAUUCGAAGUUCAAUUUCGACACGUGCUGAACAGCUUCGAUUUCAAGAGCAGCAUGGCGGCUGGGAGGAAUGAAGAUGGCGGGGGAUGCAACGAUAUUAGUCGUGGCAAACGAACCUCUUCAUUCCGGAACUUGCGACUUACAACAAGAGAGACUUUACAAGACUUUAUGAAAUUAGAGAAUCAGAUCUUGGACGCUCCAAAUUCCCUA